AUGCAACCCACCGCACGACCGCCGCAGGUCAACAAUCGCAAUCACAUGCCUCCCGGCCAGUCCAUCCUUCGGCAAGCAGUACCAUGGGCCGGAAACGCAGAAGCCAUCUUCAUCAUGCGCGGCGCACCACCAGGUGGAAGCAUCCCGGACAUCUACCGCCUGCUGCAACCUCACGGCAACAUCGUCUUCAUCGAGAUACUUGCAUCGCGUCAGGCGAACAGGACUGAAGCGGAGGUGAAGUUCCGGCCGCCACCGCACAGCGCGGAAUGGUAUGCGAACGGCAUUGAUAUCAACAAAGAUGGCACGGUCUACCAUAUCAGCUUUGCGCCGAAGGAACCAAGGCCGUGGUUCCAUGCCAGCCCUGUCGAUCCUAACAGGAAGUUCGCAGAGGAGAUUAAGCUUCCGAUGAUGGAGCUGAGUUUUGGUGUGAUGCAGAAGCCGGACAGCAUGCAGGGGCUCAACGUUAUCCAGGCAUCGGAGAGUCCACUACUUGACAUGGUCAUGAACUUGCAGCGCAAGUGCCUGGACAUCCACUUCUCCCUGAAUCAGCAGCAGACUCCGUGCUCGUUCAAGCUUCGAGUCAACUUCGCACAGCUGGAAGAGGUCAUCCAGAUGCGAAAUGAGACAACGGGUCAGAUCUGCUUGAAAUUCACUGCCGAGCUCCCUCCACAGCUGUUCCAGAAGAUCAACGAUGUCACGGAGACAUUCGUCAAGGGAGAUACGAGGUGGACUGACUGGCAGACUUGGUACCGCCAGACAGAGAUCGAGCACGACCCUGAAGCAGCGAAGGAAGCAGUCACCCAGCUUCGAAAGCAGAAUCCAGUCAUUGAUGUUGGCCGCUGGUUGACCUACUGUCUGGUGUUCGACCGUACCGCAGCCAGCUCGCUUGAAUUCCAACAGUUCUGCCUGGCACUGACGCACCACAAUGUCGACAUCUUGAAGGACCGGAAGAUCGAAUUCGCUUCCAGCGAUGACAAGACUCUGUGGAAGUGGCUUGAUGAUCCAGACGCCAUCCUUAAGCAGAACUCAGCGUCCUUGGUGCUCCAUCAGAUGGCGGAAGACAUCGUUCACUUCGACUUCGACAUUCGAUAUCAGCUGGAGGUGUGCAUCAGCCACGGCCUGAUCCACGAAUCCAACAUUGACAACCCCUUUCUCAGCAGACUCGCAAAGCUGGACGCUGUACGAGCCGUGAAGCUGUUGGAGAAGGUUGCCGAUGAGAUGAAGCGCUUCUGGGAUCCCAUCAGCAUCUUCCGCCAGCUGUUGGCUCGAGUGAGCGUCGUACAGAAGAAGCUACCUCCCUACUGCGCCAUCGUUCAUUCAGCGAUCGUGACGCCAACCACCAUCUACUUCUCGACGCCAGUCAUGGAGACCUCAAACCGCGUCAUACGCCAGUACUCCAAGUACGCUGACCGCUUCCUUCGUGUCAAGUUCAACGACGAGCUCUACAAGGGCGGCAUCAGAUCAUUCGACAGCGACAGAAUGAAGCCCGUGUUCAACCGCAUCGAGAAGACUAUGGUCAAUGGUAUUAGAGUAGGCGGCAGACACUUCGAGUUUCUUGCUUUCGGCAACUCACAAUUCCGCGAGGCUGGUGCGUGGUUCUUUGCAUCUACCAGCGAAAUCACAGCGCAGUCGAUCCGAGACUGGAUGGGCAACUUCUCCGACAUCAAUGUCGUGGCCAAGUACUGCUCCCGUGUCGGCCAGUGUUUCUCGACCACGAGAGCGUUCCACUUCGGAGAUAUCCAGGUAAAGCGCAUUCCGGACAUCAAGCGGAAUGGCCACAUGUUCACGGAUGGCGUGGGCAAGAUCUCACCUUUCCUCGCUCAGAUGAUCGCAAACCAGCACAACCUCCCUAACCCCACUGUCGACUACCCGUCGAUGUUCCAGUUCAGGCUCGGUGGCUCGAAAGGCGUGCUCACCGUCGACCCGUCGUUGACUUGGAAGUCUGUCCACAUUCGUCCGAGCCAGGAGAAGUUCUCAUCCAAGCAUCACGCCGACCUCAACAUCUGCCGCAUGGCGCAGUUCUCGAUGGCGAACCUCAACAUCCAGAUCAUUCUGGUGCUCUCGGCGCUGGGUGUCAUCGACGAAGUCUUCCUUCGCAAGAUGAGCGAUGAGCUUUCGGACCUUAACAAGGCAAUGACCGACUCGGAGAAAGCUGUGGAGCUGCUCUGCAAGAACGUCGACUUCAACCAGAUGACUCUUCAACUGGCGUCGAUGGUCGAAGACGGCUUCUUGGACGUCAAGGAUCCUUUCACAAUUUCCUGCAUGCGAUUGUGGCACUCUUGGACGGUCAAGUAUCUCAAGGAGAAAGCGAAGAUCCCGGUUCGUGAUGGAGCUUUCGUGCUGGGCUGCGUUGAUGAGACUGCUACUUUGCAAGGCCACUGCAUUGCCAACGAAGGGUCUACGGCGAAGGACAUCAGGGCCCUGCCGCAGAUCUUCAUCCAGGUACCAGAUCCUGACCAAAAAGGCAAGUGGAAGGUCAUUACAGGCGUUUGCACCCUGGCUCGCAACCCGUCACUCCACCCAGGCGACGUGCGUGUCGUCAAUGCCGUAGAUAUCCCGCAGCUCCGGCAUCUUCGCAACUGCGUCGUGCUACCGCAACUCGGCGAACGAGGUCUCGCCAGCAUGUGCUCAGGCGGCGAUCUAGACGGAGACGACUACCUUCUCAUGUGGGACAAGGACCUCCUGCCAGAAGAAUGGAAUCAUUCGCCUAUGAACUACGAUGCGCCAGAUCCCGUUCGCGCUGCUGGACCGGUGACGGUCAAGGACAUGACGGAGUUCUUCGUCAAUCAUAUGAAACACGAUAACCUCCGCCCCAUCGCCGUCGCGCACAAGUACUGGGCCGAUCGGCAGAACCAAGGCGUCAAAUCACCUAUCUGCCUGGAACUUGCUCAACUGCAUUCAAUGGCUGUGGAUUACGCAAAGACUGGUGUGGCGGCCGAGUUUGAGAAGCGCCUGCGCGUGCAGAUGUGGCCGCACUGGGCGGAGGUGAAGGGCAAGAGCCAGAAGUACAUCUACCAAUCCCGCAAAGUCAUCGGCAAGCUCUACGACAUGGUGCACCGUGUCAACUUCCGCCCUGCUUGGGAAGAGCCAUUCGACCGCCGCAUCCUGGAUGCAUUCGAGCUCGACGAUGCACUGCUGGAGUCUGCCCGCGAAGCGAAGCAAGAAUACGACGCAGCCGUCCGUCGCAUUAUGGCCAAGUUCGGCAUUAAGAGCGACUUCGAGGUCUUCACCACCUUCGCGCUCGAGCACAGCGAUGACUUUGGGGACUACAAGUUCGCGGAGACGCUGGGCGAAGUCGUUGGCGCGCUGAAGGAUCAUCAUCAGAAACUCUGCUACGAGCGUGCAGGCACGACGGACAAAGAGCGCGACCAGGACAAGAUUGCCCGCUUUGCUGCUGCUAUGUACACCGUUACAUCGCAGGAAGUCGCUGCUGCGGUGGAGGAGUGUAAGUCAGUUGUCCUCAGGGGCGGAAGACAGAUCAAUGUCAAGGAGGCGAAGGUAGAGAAUAUGCCAUUCAUGUCCUUCCCAUGGCUGUUUGCGGCGGAGCUGGGCAGGAUUGCGAAUAAGGGUAAAAAUUCGAGGAAGGAUAGUCUGGCAGAGACGAUGGUGGUGCCAAGGAAGGUGGUGAAGAUGAUGCCGGUGCUUGAUCUUGGGGACGAUUUUGAGCUGGAGCCGUUGGAGGAGGUUGUGCUUCCUGCGACAGCUGGUGCAACGAUGCCGACUGGCGUGGCGACUAGUGUGCAGGCCAAAGCCCAUGCCUCGAACAAUUUGAGGGACUUGCAGGAGACGGACGGUCCUGCAUUUAACAACUCUCCAGAAGAGCGGACUCCGCAGGCUUCUUUGGAGACAAGGCCAAGCAGCUCUGAGGGUCUCAACUCUGUACAGCCGCAGAGCAGCGGCAGGGCACCACAACUACUCAGCUUCGACAACGACCUCCAGCUUGAGCCACUAGAAGAGGCCACUCUUUCCACGAUACCAUCCUCUACCUCCGCGCCAGCUUUCGCUGGAUUUCUCGAUCUCGAGGGUCUGGACAUGAGUUCGAAAAGUCAGGCUCUCUCGACAACCCACUCCUCGACCGCAUGUCCUUCAUCGACCUCGCCCACAGCUCCCAGCUCAUCGCUACCAACCAGUUCCACCACUGUCGCCGAGCCGACCAUGGACGUCUCAUCAGCAUCCUCACCGCUGGAUGGCCUGCGUAUCGCUUUCUCAACGCCCCCGCCACCCCCCACGCCCUCACCCGAAGACCGCCUCUCUUUCUCCCGCACCGCAGCUUCGCCACCUUCCUCAUCCGCCUCGCCUUCUUCGAUCAUCGACGACAACGAGCGCGAGGGCACGCACGAGCACUAUGGAUCUGGGUAUCAAGAACGGAGGGCUUUCGGCGACGGAGCGGCUAGAGAGGCUUAUGGGGAUGUGAUGAAGCAUCCUUCAAGGUAA